AUGGAUAGUUCUUCUCCGUCCGCUGGCUUCGUGUCUUUUGACGACACAGUCCUCUGCGCCUGGUACACUCAGUACGGACAUAUGCGCAUUCGCACCUCUCUUAUCGUAGCAGAGGUCAAAGAGCUUCAGCGGCUGUCCAACGAGCACGCCCCCAACCGUCGAAUGCCGACUCACCCCUUGCACCUCAUGGCUCUGAUCCAACAAGACCACCCUCUGAUCUAUAACCCGCUCUGGACUCGGACCUUCUUCCCCUUGCUUUGCCCUUCCAGCCUCGCUCCCAACUAUCUCGGCCGACAUCUCUGCUACUUUCAAAAUUUGCAGCGCAACAAUCCAAACCAUGCACAACUCAGGCCCGACAACGACCUGUUUUCCAAGAAGCUGGCCUUUUGUCUGGGGUACAGUCUGCAAGCGUUUUGGAUCAAUGGCCAAACGCCCGUUUCCUGCUUGUACCGUCAUGACCACCAUGCAGGAGUGUGGCAGGCGUAUGAGUGUGUGCAGUCUCACAUUCGAUCCAUUACAUCUUCUACUACACCAGCACCAUCAUCAUCAUCCUCGUCGGCAACGGCACCGGCACCGGCGGCGCCAAAGUUAUGCCAAUGCGUGCCAAUGACUUCAAGCAUGUACUCUGCGUGGCGCGCCAGCAAGUCCUACGGAAGGGGGAUUACUCACAUGGGGAUAUUUGCAAAUGACGACGAGCAGAAAAACUGGAAGGACUUGGAGGGCGCGUUGGCUACCUUGUGGCGUGUCUUCCAACUGGAGUUUCGAGAUCUGGGUGCCGGUCUGUGGUAUCACGGGGCGUUUGACGAGAUGAGAAAGUGGGGGUAUAUCAGUCCGUCGGAGCAGGAGGAGCAGUGGCUUAGUAUCUACUCCUCUCGUGAUGAUGGGCCGCACACCAUGUCGGCGCUGGGAAUGGGGCUGAAGGAGGCGGGGAGGGUGCAGAGGCAUUGGGAGAAGACCAAAAAGUGGCUGGUUCCUAUGUACCCGGCUGAGUGGGAGGGGUGGGAGGUGCCGGUUGAUGAGGUGAAGGAGGACGAGUGGGUGAUGCUUUAG